UCGUGAUCCACCAUCAGACGACCAACACGCAUCAUCGAGGCCGAGCCCAAGGCGCAUCCACUUGCCCUCAACCUACUUGCAGACACCAUGACGUCGAGUCCGCUGCGGCAUCAAGUGCGCCAGCUCUACAAGAACCUGCUCUGGAUUGGGCGGGAGUACCCAGCAGGAUUCGAGUUCUUCAAGCCCAAGCUCAAGUCUGCGUUUCUGAAGAACAAGAGCCUCGAGACCGAAGAAGACAUCAGGAAGGCUAUCCAGCACGGUGAGUUUGUCCAGAAGGAACUCGAAGCCCUGUGGUUUCUCAAAAAAUACCGCAGCAUCAAGAGCAGCUACUACGCCGACAGGCCCGACGACAAGCCCGGCGACAGAUCCGACGAUCGCCCCUCCAAGUGAAUCGGCGGCCUCUGUGCAUUCGCCUCCGGCAGUAUAUGGCUCGACCAGCCCGUCUCAACCGCCAGCGACCGCCUUGAUCAAAAGGGCGGCCCGACUGCCGAGGCGAACC